AUCCAAAUAAGUUUGUAGAAGAUUGAAGCACCUUAACAAAUAGUUUGUUAUGGAUGAAUUUUGUUACAUAAUAAAACCUAGUUGAAUCGUGGAUGUUGUCCUGCUUAACUACUCGUUGACCUAUUGAUCAUUUGAAUAAUCCCAUUACACGAGAGCAUUACCUGCUCCCAAACUAAUUUGAUAGAGAUCCAACAACCACAAACAUAUUGACAAUGUAAAUUAUACAUAUUGAAGAGUUUAUUUAAUAAUAUUUAUAAGAAAAAAAAGAUUCAUAAUAAGAAACGGUAAACUAAGUUUUAUAUUCUUGAGAUCGAGAUACGAUUAGAUCUCCUUCAAUUUUGUUAUUUUGGGGUCGUUUGAUAGUUGCGAUUGUGAAAUAGAUGCAUUGUUGUGAUUGCAUGUAUAAUAUUAUAUAUGUAUUGUCGAAUUUGAUGCAUUGUAAAAUACAACGUUUGGUACGUGUGAUUGUAUAUGUCACAUAAGCUAAAAGCUGAGACAAAACAAUCUCAACUCAACGAUCUCAACAAUCACAACUAAAAGUUGAGAGAUAACGGUCACUCAUUUUCAGUGAUAGUUUUUGUCACAUCAUUAGAAACAGAACAAUCCACGUAAUGUUUCUGAUAAAAAAAACAAAAUAACAAUGCAUUUUGAACUAUAGUAACAAUCUCAUCAAAAAAAUCGCAACUUUCAAGCGACCCCUUAAGUCAUUAAGUCAUUGUUACUGUCUCAUCUCAUCACUCUCUGACUAACCACUUCACAUCAUAUGGCAGUAGUAUACAGGGGAAACCCUUCGACUAUCUGCAGAAUAUAUAACUAACCAAGCGAUAUGUGUAGGCAGGGGAAAAACAGAGCACUUCCAUAGUUACCAUGGAAUAUCUCCCUCAAAAGAUGAUCUGUUGCUCAUCAUCCUCCUUCGAAGCAUCCAAAAUCCAGAACUGCCUAUUCACACUUGCAGCCAUCCUCGCAGUCACCUUAUUCAUCGUCCGAAAGCAGAGGUCCAAAACCGCCGCUUUGAACUUGCCGCCGGGCCCAUGGAAGCUUCCCAUCAUAGGAAACAUCCACCAGAUGGUCGGCGACCAACCCCACCGCCGACUCAGGGAUCUGGCCCGCAAAUAUGGUCCCGAUGUGAUUAGCCUUCAGCUCGGGGAGCUCUCUCACAUCGUGAUCUCGACCCCUGAAGCCGCCAAACUGGUGAUGAAAACCCACGACUUAGCUUUUGCUUCCCGGCCUUCUCUCCUCGCCCCAGACAUAAUCUACGAUGGUUCCAAGGACAUAGCUUUCGCGCCCUAUGGAGAGUACUGGAGACAGAUGCGCAAGAUCUGCACCCUGGAGCUCCUCAGCGCCAAAAGAGUUCAAUCUUUCCGCCACAUAAGGGAAGAAGAGGUCUCCAAUCUCGUGGCCUCUCUGGCUCGUUCUGCAGAUGCAGGGCAGCCUGUGGAUCUCACUCAGAUGCUGUUUAAUCUAACGAGAACCAUAAUUUCAAGGGCUGCGUUUGGGAAAGUACAGGAGCUAAACGAUGCUUUCCAAAUUGUUCUCGACAACAUGUCGGAUGUUAUUGCAGGUUUCAGAGUCUCUGAUUUUUAUCCUUCCUUCAAAUUCCUCCCUACCAUCACUGGCUACAGAGCAAAACUACAUAAGAUGCAUAAAGCAGCGGAUUCGAUAUUUGAGCAAGUUAUUGGUGACCACAAAUCAAGAAGAAGUGCGGGAAGAAAAGAUGAUGGCGAAAAAGAGGAUCUCGUCGAUGUCCUUCUGAAUCUGCAAGAAAAACAGGACCUUGGAAUACCCAUUACAAUGGAAAUCAUAAAAGCAGUGACUUUGGAAUUGUUCUUAGCUGGAAUUGACACAUCGUUGACGACACUAGAAUGGACAAUGUCGGAGAUGAUAAAGAAUCCAAGAGUGUUUCAAAAGGCACAAGAAGAGGUCAGACAGGUGUUAGGUGAGCGAGGAAAAGAUGUUGAUGAAACACACCUUCAUCAAUUGAAGUACUUGGACAUGGUUAUCUCGGAAGGUUUAAGGUUACACCCUCCAAUUCCUUUACUUAUUCCCAGGCAAAGUAGAGAGAAGGUGGAGCUCGAUGGAUAUGAUGUCCCAAUCAACACCAAAGUCAUUGUGAAUGCUUGGGCGAUCAAUCGGGAUCCCCGUCAUUGGGUCGAGCCUGAUAAAUUUUAUCCUGAGAGAUUCUUGGAUUGCUCAAUUGACUACAAGGGAAACGAUUUCCAGUUCGUUACAUUCGGUGCUGGAAGAAGGGUAUGUCCUGGGAUUUCAUUUGGAAUGGCGGUUGUUAAAUUGACGCUGGCAAAUCUGCUCUAUCACUUUCAAUGGGAACUUCCAUUCGAAAUGAAACAAGGCAUUGAUAUGACUGAAAGUUUCGGAACAUCACUGAAAAGAAUGAAUGCUCUUCGUCUGAUUCCAAUUUCGUAUGAUGGUAGGGCCUAAAUAAAAGGCAAAAUGUACAACUGAGAGUGAAAGAUUCUCAUUACCGGAUCUUUUGUUUCCCCCCUUUUUAGCUUGUUGCUUGUGAUUUCUUCACUUCUGUCAGAACCACCCCUUGGAGGAGGUUCUGCAUCUAUCAAAGUAUUUUUCUUGUUUUAAUUGUACUUACACUUUUUGUCAAUUUAACACGACCGUUCACUUAGCGGGACAAAAUAUUCUUAUAUCGAUUAUUUAUCGACAACCGUGUAUGGCAUCGCAAUAGUUUAUAAGAGAGAAGCUUCAUAAUGGAUCUUAUACCACAUACUAACACGUUCUCUCAAACGAAAAUCACUCAUAAGGGCUUGAAUUUUGCCAUAGUCUGAAUACCACGUGAUUAACAAAUGGGGGUCGUCACAAAAUGAUCAUGUACUGUGACGAAAUCAAAAUUUUGGUCAGAAAAUGGUUUUCCUAACGCGGCGAGUGUGACCAAAGGUUCAACCAAAUGCUUUUGGUCGCAACAUAGGUUUUACAACCAAAUAUUGACAUUUAGCGAGAAUUAGUUUUCGUCACAAAAGGCAAUUUCUGUUGCAAUGUCUAUCUUCUAGCUAUUUAUGGGGAAACUAGCAAUUCUCCUUUUCUAUAUAGGAAUUGUAUUCAUUGAUAUUUUGGUAAAAAAAAUAAAUACACUCGCGUCUACCUUGCCAAAUCAAACUCUAGUUAGGUAGAACAAAAUCAAAAUUCGAAUACUACGAGUAAUUAAUGGAUAUGAUUUUCUUACUGUCCAACACAAAUUGACUCAAUUAUAUAUAGCAAAACUCAAUAAGCGUGUGUUAAGGUGGCAUACACUAUUUUGAACCCUGACUCGCUUCAAAUGUGGCGUAUUGCAAAGAAGGUGAAAACAGAGCAUACCUCUGUCAUGCGACAACAAAAACAUAUCAUAUUUCAAGGUUGAUAUCAUACUUUCCCACAGUUGGUAGUUGGAAAUACGGAAGAAGGAUCCGUCCCAUCCCAUUCGGUACCCAUACAGGUGCUACCUGACCUAGCCCACAUUCAGUGUGAACUACGAGUAUGAAUAUUGAGAUAUCGACUCGUCACAUUGCAAUCACUACACGUACCCUAGCUGUAUUGUUUAUAUAUUUAGUUAAAGCAUCUUAACUAGAAUCCUGCUCAACCACUCCCUUGAUCCUUCCCUUAAAAUAUAUUAUCCCAACACAUGGAGAGAUGCUCCCCAACCAAACGGGGGAAAAUGAAAAAUAAAGAGUAUGGAAAGACCUUGUCCCAAUGAGCUUAUAUAGUAUACUAGUGGUGUUUGUUUUUUUUAUAGAAAUCAAGCCGAGCUCUAUCUAAGGAUUAGGGAUUAGGAUCAACUAGGUAUUGAUCCGGGGAUUUGGAAAAUGGAAAGAGGAUUGGAUUUGGGGGUUGAUGAAGAGAAGAGGAGGGGAAAGAGGUUCCUGCCGCGGCAGCCAAGGAGAAGGGAAAGGAGGAGGGCUCGGCAGCUAAGAAAGAGAGAGAGGGAGAGAGGGGAUUAACAGUAGGUUUAGGUUUAAUCUUGCUUAGUGGUCUAAUUCCACUUACAAGUGACUUAUAUAAUAGUUGGAUAAUUCCCUAUCUCUACCCGACAUAUAAUUUAUUUCCGAAUUCCCGAAAUAGUCUCAAUAAUCUGAAAUACCAAUAAUCCGAUAAAAAUGCUAAACACUAGUUUCUAUCAUCCCCGCCUUCUUCGAAAACAACCUUGUCCCCAAGGUUGGUCCUCUAGCUCGCUAGGCCUCCUCCUCGCCAUCUCUAGUGUCCUCCGCGGCAUCCUCCGUUUCGUCCUCCCAUCGUCCCACUAGCAUCAUCAGAUCCGGCUUGGGGCACUGGUGAACUUAAACCUUUGUUAUUACCAUAAUGAGAUUCAUACAAAGAUAUGAUAGAACAAAUAUUUCCUUGACCUUUGAUCAUUUCAAUAAUCCCAAUACAUAAGCUCUCAAACUAAUUUGAUGGAGAUGGAACAACAACAAACCUAUUGGAAAUUU